AUGACACCCACCAACACCAAGGGCUCCAUUAUCACAAAGUCAGGGUACAAACUGACAACACAGAACACCAAUUUGGACCGGACAAUACAGAACACCAAUCUGGACCAGACAACACAGAACACCAAUUUGGACCAGACAACACAGAACACCAAUUUGGACCGGACAAUACAGAACACCAAUCUGGACCAGACAACACAGAACACCAAUUUAGACCAGACAACACAGAACACCAAUUUAGACCAGACAACACAGAACACCAAUUUAGACCAGACAACACAGAACACCAAUUUAGACCAGACAACACAGAACACCAAUUUGGACCGGACAAUACAGAACACCAAUUUGGACCAGACAACACAGAACACCAAUUUAGACCAGACAACACAGCACAUCAAUCUAGACCAGACAACACAGAACACCAAUUUAGACCAGACAACACAGAACACCAAUCUGGACAAGACAACACAGAACACCAAUUUAGACCAGACAACACAGAACACCAAUUUGGACCGGACAAUACAGAACACCAAUCUGGACCAGACAACACAUAACACCAAUUUGGACCAGACAACACUGUACACCAAUUUGGACCAGACAACACAUAACACCAAUUUGGACCGGACAAUACAGAACACCAUUUUGGACCAGACAACACAUAACACCAAUUUAGACCAGACAACACAGAACACCAAUUUAGGCCAGACAACACAGAACACCAAUUUAGACCAGACAACACAUAACACCAAUUUGGACCAGACAACACUGUACACCAAUUUGGACCAGACAACACAUAACACCAAUUUGGACCGGACAAUACAGAACACCAUUUUGGACCGGACAAUACAGAACACCAAUUUGGACCAGACAACACAGAACACCAAUUUGGACCGGACAAUACAGAACACCAAUCUGGACCAGACAACACAGAACACCAAUUUAGACCAGACAACACAGCACAUCAAUCUGGACCAGACAACACAGAACACCAAUUUAGACCAGACAACACAGAACACCAAUCUGGACCAGACAACACAGAACACCAAUUUGGACCGGACAACACAGAACACCAAUUUGGACCGGACAAUACAGAACACCAAUCUGGACCAGACAACACAGAACACCAUUUUGGACCAGAUAACACAGCACACCAAUCUGGACCAGACAACACAGAACACCAAUUUGGACCGGACAACACAGAACACCAAUCUGGACCAGACAACACAGAACACCAAUUUGGACCAGACAACACAGUCCACCAAUUUGGACCAGACAACACAGAACACCAAUUUGGACCAGACAACACAGUCCACCAAUUUGGACCAGACAACACAGAACACCAAUUUGGACCAGACAACACAGUCCACCAAUUUGGACCGGACAAUACAGAACACCAAUCUGGACCAGACAACACAGAACACCAAUUUAGACCAGACAACACAGAACACCAAUUUAGACCAGACAACACAGCACACCAAUCUGGACCAGACAACACAGAACACCAAUUUGGACCGGACAAUACAGAACACCAAUUUAGACCAGACAACACAGAACACCAAUUUGGACCGGACAAUACAGAACACCAAUCUGGACCAGACAACACAGAACACCAAUUUAGACCAGACAACACAGAACACCAAUUUAGACCAGACAACACAGAACACCAAUUUGGACCGGACAAUACAGAACACCAAUCUGGACCAGACAACACAGAACACCAAUUUAGACCAGACAACACAGAACACCAAUUUUGACCAGACAACACAGAACACCAAUUUAGACCAGACAACACAGUACACCAAUUUAGACCAGACAACACAGAACACCAAUUUGGACCAGACAACACAUAACACCAAUUUGGACCAGACAACACAGUACACCAAUUUGGACCAGACAACACAGAACACCAAUUUAGACCAGACAACACAGAACACCAAUUUUGACCAGACAACACAGUACACCAAUUUAGACCAGACAACACAGUACACCAAUUUGGACCAGACAACACAGAACACCAAUUUGGACCAGACAACACAUAACACCAAUUUGGACCAGACAACACAGUACACCAAUCUGGACCAGACAACACAGUACACCAAUUUGGACCAGACAACACAGUACACCAAUUUGGACCAGACAACACAGAACACCAAUUUAGACCAGACAACACAGUACACCAAUUUAGACCAGACAACACAGUACACCAAUUUGGACCAGACAACACAGUACACCAAUUUAGACCAGACAACACAGAACACCAAUUUGGACCAGACAACACAGAGCACUUAUUUGGACCAAAUAAUACAGCACACCAAUUUGGACCAGACAACACAGCACGUCAAUUUGGACUAG